UGCUAUUAACGUAAGGCUUCUGUAGGCACCAGUUUACACAUAGAUAGAAAAGUUUGCAUAGCUAAUUGAAGUACCCAUAAGUGUAUGACUUGGGGAUUGUAACGCAAAUGACUGAUGUUGACAAAGCAAUGAUACGGAUAACAUUAUCAGUGUACCAUCUGUACUAGAAGUACUAAAGGGAACCAAUAGAAGCAAUGUCAGAGCAUAGGCGUCUCACUAGUGAUAGUUCAGAUGGAACCACUGACACAGAUAUAUCUACAAUGUCAAUUGAUCAUCAAGCUCUACAUGAUGCAAAUGCUUAUCGAGAAACAUUGUAUUCUCCUGGAAAUACGUUUUCCAUCUCAGACCAUGUUCCUGUUAGUGAAAUAAAAGGAUCUACUGAACAUCUGCAUCAAUAUGGAGUGCUCGACAGAUUAAGGAAAAUAUUUGAGGGACCGAAACGUCAUGUCGAAGAUCGUAAAAAGAGACUACAAAAAGAAGAAACAGAGAAAAAAGAACGUUUGUCAUUAUUUCACGCUCCUAGGACGGUACAUAAUGAAGCAUAUCAAAACCAACGAAUGCCUGUAGCUCCAGGUUAUGCCAGAGAAUGCUUAAACAUUGAAUCAACCGAUGAGGCAACUGGCAGUUUCGAGGAUAGUCAAUCAGAAUUUAGAGGAAAAUAUGCACAAAAUCUUGAAGAAAAUUAUUCUAAAUCAAAAAUUCCACUGGAGAGGAUACUAUCUCACCCCUGCUAUUGUUUCACACAGUUUGAUACAGAGAUAAAACAUUUUAACAGGCCAAAUAGUGAGCAAAGCAUCAGUUGUAAAUGUCAAACCGAAUUAAAAAAUAAAGGUAAAGCUAUAUCAGGAAUGCACGGAAGCGCAUCACAUACGGAGACGAAGAUCACAAAGUCUACUGACACUGGUACAGAAACCAUUCCAUAUGCAGCUAAAAACAUGGGCAGUAAACUUACAAAUACUCGUGACGAAAAUAUAAAAGCGAUAACAGAGAGAGAUACGCUGAUACAUCAGUUUCAGGAAAAAAAUAUGCAGUCGUUUGUGGAUGCUGAAGCUGUCGGAUUUCUUAAACUACGCAAAAAUUACAACAACUUGAAGAAACUCUUUGUUGCUUUGGCAAUUGUGAACAUAAUUCUUAUCAUCUGUGUUGUGUCCGUUUUGCCAGUAAUUUUAGUAACAUUUAAAUUGUCAUAUUAUCAUGAAGUAAAAUCAGAUGAUGAUAUCAAACAAAUUGUAUCCGAGCAUUUAUCAUCGAAUAACUGGAUUGCAAGUUCAAGUGUUUAUUGUGUGUCGUGUAGAAACCUGGAUCAAACUUUGAGUAAAUUUUUCACGGAACGCCAAGACAAAAGAUGUUGCAUAGAGGAUAUUUCUAAAGUAUUCACAGUUUUUACGAAUUUAACUGACCAGAAAAAUGACGAAUGCCAUUCAAGACUGAAUAAUUUGGAAGAAGACCAUGACGAGAUGCUGUCUCACAUUAUUAACUUAAAGAUGAAGUUGUUCAAUACAUCUGAGUUAGACGUUAAUGAAGACUGGCUUAAACAUCCGGGAAUACAGAAAAACAACAGACUUAUCAAUAUGUUUCUAACACGUCAGCAUUCUGCUAUACAUCUAAAAGGAGCUGUGAAGAAAGAUGAUAUUAAAUGGACUGCCGAUAUAUCAGAAGGAAAGCUAUGGCAUAAUGAUAAUGGAAUAUCUGUGGAAAAUGGCGGAAUGUAUUACGUGUACAGUAUUAUUCGAUACAAGAAAAAUACCUGUGGAUCAAAUGGGAAAUUCGGGUAUGAAGUGAAGCGCAGAACCGGCAUUGGGUCAGCAGUGCGGAUUGCUUCUGUGUACAACGACUGCACGAAUGGAACACAUUACGAUCAGGACCUUGUUAUACAGAGGGUGUUUCAACUGUCUGUUGGACAAAACAGUGAAGUGUUUAUUGAUAUUGGUGAAUUUUGUCACAAUCUUGUUGUUGAAGAAGAUAUACAUUCAUUUGGUAUAUUUGAACUCUGAAUAAAUGGCGGAAACCCAUUCGCGUCAUUUUUCAUAUAAAAUAAUUCAUAAAAAGAAGAUUCACGAUAGUGAGUAAGUGUGUUAUACCAAUAGACGUAUAUAGCCACAGACAGAUGUCUUAAUUGUUUUAUUACUUUUUAUAUGCAUGUCUAAAUGUUAAUAUGUGCAUUACAGAACCAUAAAAUCCUAUGUUUAAAAGCUUAAUUGGUAGAUAACAUUUUGAAGCAGCGUUAGCUUGUAAGCGAGAAUUAGAUCUGUUUGUUUGAUAUUAAUUUGUUUGCUAAACUAAACAUUAAUGCUGACAUUA